CGCACGUCUACGACAUUUGCACUCGUGUGUUUUUGGUUAUCUUCUAUCUCACAGGGCAAAUUCCAGAAAGAUUCAAGUUCAUAUGGCUUGGUCUUCAGCACCUCGAAACUGUUUCCAAUCAAUGGCAUAACGCUGGAUCUAACCUGGUAAAAAAAAAAAAAAAACAUCACAGUUGAUAACAGUUGUAUCAACACUGAGAAGACCCAAUUGUCUGAGAGGAGGCAGACCUAGCAAGAGAAAUGAAUAUGGAUAGUGACCAUGAAGACACCAGUGGUCAAGCAUCUGAGAAUCGUGCUAAACCAGACAGAGGAGACAGCAGUCACACCAAAGCACAAUAUGACACUAGUGGUCAAGCAUCUGAGAAUCGUGCUAAACCAGACAGCGGAGACAGCAGUCACACCAAAGCACAAGAUGACACCAGUGGUCAAGCAUCUGAGAAUCGUGCUAAACCAGACAGCGGAGACAGCAGUCACACCAAAGCACAAUAUGCUGAUAAUGUCAACGAGUCCCAAGCCCCCAAAGAAGAAGACGUAUACAGUGGAACAGGAACAAACAACAAUGAUCGUACAACAGAGGCCUCUAAGAGCAGUGAUGAGGAUACCAGCUCACGCCAGAGUGACGGUGGUACUACGUCCGACGCACCAGAAGACGCAGCUCCAUCCCAGCACUCUGAAGAUUCCAAGCAAAAAAGUGAAGAUUGCAUGGAAAUAACUGGCACCCUCGGUCCAAAUGAAGAGCUAAGAGCGUCCGGUGGUGUCGAGUCGGAGACCAGUUCCAAGGAAAUUCAAGAAGAGCCCGGUAAAGAUGUUACCAGUUCGGUUUUUACUCCAGAACUGAUACAUGGAGCUCGAGGUUCUAGUAGUGAUGUGUCAGAGUCCACGCCUGAGGUAAUUCAGAACUCCGGAAAAGACGUUACCAGCAGAAUUUGGAAAAAAUAUGCUUGGGUUCUCGCUUCCCUGGGCGUUAUUAUUCUGGCGUGGCUGGCAGGCUGGUUUUCAGCUGGACCGACGACUCCUGAAAAAAAAGAGCCCAGUCAAAUGGUGGUCGAGACCUUUCUCUGGGAGAUGGAGAAAAUCCAGUCCAGAUUCCCCAGUCAGCAUCCAGAACUGUGGAGGAGGAGUAAGAUCCAUCUGAGGCGGCACCUCCAAAUGUCUCAUCCCACUGAACCCGUGAGUCUGAUUCUGACCUCAGGCCUUGAUGCUGAGAAAACACUAGGUUGCCUAGCCAAUGGUUUGGCCUCAGCCUUCUCCAAAGCCCUCAACGCCUCCGUUCUGGACAUUAAUGGUGUUGUCAUGGCGACGCAAGACAGCGACCAGGUAAAACUGGACAUCGACACGGAGCUGAGGAAAGCUUUCGACGGCAGUAGCCCGGCCGCCGUCAUCCACCGUUUCGAAGAGAUACCCCCGGGAGCCACGCUCAUCUUCUAUCGCUAUUGUGACCACGAGAACGCCGCCUAUAAAAACGUCUUCCUGGCCUUUACCGUGCUGCUUGGAACGGACACCCUGGGGCCGGGACACAGCCUAAGCGAAGUGGAGGAGAUGGUACAGGAACAUAUAAAAGAUAAGUUCAUUCCCUCAGACAGCCCCAAAACAUUUAACCAGAUGGACAUCGACAAGCUGAGUGGACUCUGGAGUCGGAUCUCUCACCUCGUACUGCCUGUGGCAGCAGAGGAGCUAGUCGAACAGCAGGGCUGUCCAGACCUGUGACAACACAGUUAAGGCGGGGACCAUGUUAUCACAAAGGAGGCUUUUCAAUGACAGAGACAAGGAUUCUCAGUUUUAUUUAAAUCUGAUAGGUCUUUGAACACAGGCUUGCUGUAAGUCCUCUUCCUCAGUCAUGUGGACCCCAAAGUGGAUAUGUACCGUUAAUGAGAAACAAAUGGCAACAUACAGCUCCCAUGAACAACUGGUGUUACAUUUUUAAAACCUUUGCAUUGAUAUAACUGUAAUACAGUGAUGGAUGCGAGAGAGUGAGCUUUGUAUAUUUGACUGCAUUCAGCCACAUUCGAUGCAGCAAAUACAGAGACAUAGAUACUUAAGGCAGUGUUCUUUUAAAUCACUACCUUGAUGCAUGAGAUAAGGGAAGUUCAGAUUUUGGGUUGUUGAAAGGCUGAGUGGGUAUAAUGAAGGAUGUGGGGGGUUUUUUUCCUCUCAAUUGGGUUAUGAAGUUAUGAAUUCUAAUCCAGUAUAUAACUGUGCACUUUUCAGAGCAAAAAAAUCAUGGGCUAAUCACGCAGGUAAACUAGGUUACUUGAUCUGUCUGAGGGGGAAAUAAUGGGAAAAAUGAUCACGUAUUUAGUCGAAUAAUAUAUCUCUGUG